UUUUUUUUUCGCGGGGGCAAGAAGAGCACAAGAGAAGAAGAGAAGAGAGGAAAGAGGAAAGAGGCUGAAGCAUCGGAUUUACUGAAAGCUCUGGAUACAGUGGAGGGUGGACGCAGCUCUACAUAGAUCUCUCUGAGGGCCUUGAGGAGGCGAGUAAUGAUGAUGGCGACGGCGGAGCCGCCGAGCAGUUCCAGCUUCCUUCCCCUGCUGGAGUCUCUGGAGGACAGCGCCGCGGGACAGUCCGAACAGACGGACGCCUACCUCACCAUCGCAAAUCGGCUCAGCGGAGAGGAAGGCCGACAGUUUCUCCCUGCAGUUGAAAAGCACUUUCCUCGUUUGGGCAAAGCCAUCUUGGCCCACAUAAACAGUCCGACUGCAGAGUUGAGCCAAGCAGCAUUGCAAGCUUUAGGGUUUUGUUUGUACCAUUCUCACGUUGUCUCAGCAGUGCCUGAAACCUUUGCAGCAGAAAUACUUUCAGCACUUUGCUCCCUGGUAGUGAAGUCGACAGAUAAGAACACGUGCACCAGAGCAUUAUGGGUCAUCUCCAAACAGAGCUUUCCUCCAGGUGUGGUCGGCCCAAAGGUGUCGCCUAUACUGGGAACACUGGAGAGUGUGUGGAGCCGAGAAGACAUCCAGUCUGUGGUGAUGGAGCACGAGGCCUUAAAUGUUAUCAUCAGGAUGCUGGAGCAAGCUCCGGCCCAGAUGGGUGACGGAGCUCUGAGGUGGGCGAAGCUCAUCAUCCCGCUCGUUGUCCACUCCGCCUCCAAGGUGCGUCUACGGGCCGCAGCCGCCAUGGAGAUGGGCAUGCCUCUUCUGCUGGAGAAACAGAUGGAGGUGGCCGGUAUCAUGGAGCCGAUGAUGUCCUCAAAACUGAUCCCAGAGCUCCAGAAGCUUUUCAUGUCCAAGAAUGAAGCCAAUGUUCUGAAGCUCUGGCCGUUAUUUGUGAAACUGCUCGGGAAGUUGCUGCACAGAGGAGGUCCUUUCAUCAACAGUCUGCUGCAUCUGGAGGAACUGGGUUUCCGCAGCUCUUCUCCCACCAUCAAGAAGAUCGCCUUCAUCGCCUGGAAGAGUCUCAUAGAUAACUUUGCCCUCAAUCCAGACAUCCUGUGCAGUGCCAAACGUAUGAAGCUCCUGAUGCAGCCGCUCGCAUCCAUCAAUGUCCGGACCGAAGUCCUGCUGCUCACCAAGGUGGAGGUCUGGUGGUACCUGGUGGUCCAACUCGGGCCCAACCUGGCACCAAACUUUGAUCAGGUUUCUGUUCCUCUGCUUCAUUGCACCAUUGGAUCCGACUCCUCUUCGGUCCCAGGCACUCCGUCUAGAGCCGUCACUCAAAACGGUGCCGUCACACCUGGCACGCCCAUGUCUGCAGGCUUCAACAGUCCGGCCAAUACGUCCCGGAUGAGCCUGAACUCCAGCGUCCAGAUCCCCUCCACCUUCCCCUCCAUCCAGCUGCUGGGCCUGGAGAUGUUGCUCCACUAUUUUCUGGGACCAGAUGUUAUCGCCACAGCGGCAAAGAAAAAACUCAUCCUGAGUCUCGAGCCAUUGAACCACCCACUCCUCUCCGGCGCCUCUUCUUUCACUAAACAUGCUGCCAUUCUUACCUCCAACAUCAGAGAUGGAUUCAUCAAUGUCGGCAAAGAAGCUCCAGAUGCUCUUUUGGCCGUUUUAUGGACGAGUCUUGUCCGGUUUGUCAACUUAACUAUAGAAUCUGUAGGCAGUAAGAAGGACCGUCAGGGCGGGGAGGUGUUGACGCUGAUGCUUCAGGCUCUGCAGAGCAUCGUCGCCUCAGAAGCUCUGCCUGCAGACAAAGUCCUGAUCCUGUUUGAGGCCACAGUGAAAGGUAUUCCCCAGAGAGUUCUCGGCUCCGCCUCCUACCAAGUGGGCAAGAUGGAUGUUCUGAAUGGAACGCCGGCUCUGUUCCUCAUCCUCCUCCUCUACAACAGCAGCUUGAUCUCCGCCUACAUCGAGGACGAGAGGUUCUUCCAGAGCCUUCAGACUCUGGUGGGCUGCGGUCUGUCGGGCCCCACUUCCCCUCUGGCGUUUGGGGAGGCGGUGCUGGCCGCCAUCAGACGCAGCGCCGGGUCCGUGCAGAACAAGGAGCAGCUGUGGAGGAUGUGGAGCGUGAUGGUCAGCCCGCUCACCGACACCAUCACACAGUCGAAUGAAGUGAACCAAGGUGACGCUCUGGAGCACAACUUCAGCGCCAUUAACUCUGCCUUGUUGUUCCCCAUCACACACCUACUACAUGGAACACCACUACAGCAGGCGGCCCAUAAGUCGAUGCUUUCUUCGUGGUCCAAACUGUACAAAGUGUUCGCCCGCUGCUCCGCUCUCGUGGUCACGGCUGAGGAGAACAUCUGCUGCGAGGAGCUCUGUGCGAAGAUGACGGCUGCGAUAGACAAAGACGCCCUGAAGGUUCCUUCUACGUUAAAUGCUGUUGCCUGUAUCCUCCAAGUCAUGGUGGAGUGUGUGGACUUCUCGCCGUUCACGCCUCAGUUUCAACAAAAGAUGAAGUCUCCUCACACUCCAGUAAACUGGACGAGGAAGAGGAAUAAGGUUCUGGGGAAUCUGUCCACCUUCCAGUCCCUGCUGGUUCAAUGUCUAGAGGUCUAUCUGGAGGGACCCGAGUCUCCCUCUGAAGCCACAGGAGCCGCCCUGGUGUCCAUCCUGUCGGCUCUCUUCACCAACCUCGCUCUCGCCAACACCAUCAAGGAAGCUCUGACUUCUCUGGUUCGACCUCUGACCCUCUUCUACAAACAAGCAGCCAGCGAGCCGUCUAAGUUCUCCUCACAGCUACAGGCAAAGUUGGAGAAGCUCCUCUGUGACGUUCUCGGCUGCCUGCAGACGCGCUCUGCUUUGGCGUACGACGACGCCCUCCUGGCUCUGCUCUCUCCUCUGCUCUGUGUGGCGUUUCCUCACAAGAACAAGCAGCUCCGCGGCUCGGUCGCCCAGUUCUGGAACGCAACGUUCGGCAACUCAGUCAGCCUCACUUACCCCGACGAGAUCAGACCAAUAUUGAGCCAAGUGAAGCAGAAGACCCCGAUCAUUCUUCCCGGCUUUGAGGUCGUCAGUGUUCCCGACGAGCUCAGCGGACAUUACUCUAGUGAGAGCUCCCAGAUGGAAUCAAACCUCAGCGGGAUGCCGGUUUCGUCCGUGGGGAAGAGGGACUCGCUGCUGAAAAAGGCUGCUGAGCUGAAGGACAGCAGCUCCGUGAAGGCCUCCAAGUCAGUUUCUACAAAGCUGGACUUUGGCUCUCCUAAGCCUCCUCCCAGAGGAGUGUUGGAGGAAGAGGCCUCCAUCGACUUUGUCUUCAUUCCUCCUGAGACGAAGGAGCGAGUUCUGACUGAGCACCAGAAGGAGGUGAAAAGGACUAAAAGGGUUGACAUCCCCGCCAUGUACAACAACCUUGAUGCUUCUCUGGAUACAACGGUUUUCACCCAGUACACACAGAGUCAAGAAGACUCUUUGGACAAACUGGCAACUGAACAAGCUGACAAGGUUACCAAAGAGGCUCCUGGCAAGGUUCCUCAGGAAGUAGAAAUAGAAGAUUCAGAAGAGACUCAAGAUUUUGCCAGUCCAGAAGCGUUGGAGAACAUGCAAGAAAACCAGCAGCAGCAGGAGGAGAUCAUUCCUGAGUCGGCUGACGUUUCUAUGGAGGAUAAAGCCAAGAGUGAUGAUCCAGCAGAAGACAUGGACCUGCAGUCCACAGAAGGCACAAGUCCUAACAUCUCUGGUUCUUCAGAUUUGGUCACAGGAACUCCCCAGAAACCCAACAGUCGCCGUCAGUCCUUUAUCACCCUGGAGAAGUAUGCUGAGGGAAAACCUGCCAGCCCCAGCAGCUCGUCCUCCUUCACAGGUCCCCUCAUAAAGACCUCCAACAGCCAAGAACGCUCCAAAGCCAGCAAGAAGUCGUCCGCUCGGGCUUCCCGGACGUCCACUGGUCCUCACUCUCAGGAUUCCCAGUCUUCCCAGACAGGAAGCAUGAACUCGCAGUAUCCUGUGAACAAUCCUCUUGAUUCCCCUGUAAGGCCAAAAGACUCUAUGACAAAAAGUGAGCCGGUAAGGCUGACUGAGAGACUGCCCAGUGACCCAACAGAAGACGAAGACCUUAUCCCGGACACCCAGACUGAAGUGGAGGGCAAUGAGGGUACACAAUUGGCUACUUCAUCAGAGGAAAUACAAAAAUCAAGCCAGGAAGAGGAAUCUGAACCAUCUCUGGAUGAUUCUCAAUCUUCUCCAGGAGAACCAAGGCGGUCCGGACGCUACAGAGUCAAACCUCUGCUUCCCGGAGAGGACCCUGAGGAACGGGAUGAGAAAUACACGCUGUCGAAGAGACGACGUUCUGGAGAGGAACUUAAAGGGGAUUCUCCAAAGUCGAGCUCAGCGCAAAACAGGCGAAACACGAGAAGUAUGCAGGCUGCUGAGGAGGACAGUGGAUUACGAACAAGGUCUCAGAGGGACAAGCGUGAGUCGAGCCAAACCAACUCUCAGGGACGAUCAAACAAGAAGAUCAAGCUGUUCAGCAGUUCACAGGACUUCCUCGAUAAACCUGAAUCCAAAAGGAGAAGCAGCAGUGUGCGGGAGUCCAGCCAAACUGACUUGCCGUCUGAUAACGAAAGCCAGUCACAGGGUAAGCAAAGACGGCGGAGUAAAGCGUCGUUGGAGACCAAGGAGGAUGCUGAAAUGAAGAAAAAGGUUUUGCCUGACAAGGAAGAGUCCAGCCAAACUGCCAAACAUGAUCUUGUAGAACUGUCCAAAAAGGAUGAAGAUAAGCCAAAGACAGAUUCUAAGGCGAUCACUCCUUCCCCUCCAACAGGUGGCAAAUCCCAAGAGUAUGAGAUUGUAGAACAGACUGUAAAAGAUGGUGAUAAACAAAAUAGAGAUUCUGAAACGAUCACUCCUUCACCUGAAACUGGUGUUAAAUCCCAAGAGUUUGAGCUUGUAGAACCGACUGAAAAAGACUGUGAUAAGCAAAAAGGUUCUCAAACGAUCACUCCUUCUCCUCAAACUGGCGGAACAUCCCAAGAGUUUGAGAUUGUAGAACAGGCUGAAAAAGACGAUUUUAAGCAAAACAAAGAUUCGCAAAUUAUCACGUCUUCCUCCCAAACUGGUGACCUAUCCCAAGAGUCUGAGCGUUUAGAAAAGACCAACAAGGACGAGAUAGAUUCUCAGAUAGUCGCUGCCCCUCCAGCUAGUGACGAGUCCCAAGAUGGAACCAACAAAUCAAAAAAGUUGGUGAAUAAAUCAGAGGACAAAGACAAACCCAUAACAAGUGAAAGCACAGACGACAACCUUAGUCAAGAAGACUCUCAAGUGAUCACACCCUCAUCUUCUGAAAGCCAGUCUCUGCGCCGGUCCAGAAGAAGCAAGGCAUCAUCUGAGGAAGCAGAGUCGCAAGAUAAAAGUGAAAAUAAGGAUUCAUUGGACAGAAAGAGGCGGUCUAAUUCUCAGCCAGAGGCCAGAAUUGGAGGUAGGACCAGAAGGAGCAUGGUACAAGAGGAGCAGUCAAAGUCAAGUCCUACCGCAACCCCAGAGAGUUCUCAGUCAUUAGAGCCUGCAGGGUCAUCAGAAUCCUCCAAAGGAAGGGGCCGAUACUCAAGAAGAUCUUCUCCGGCGUUGCCAGCAGCCGCCAAAGAAUCCUCGGAGUCUGAAUCCUCGGAGGUCAAAGAAAAUCUCCCCGUGCCCAAAAAGAGAGGACGGAAACCUCGAGCGUCUCUUCCAAGUCCUCUCACCAUUGAAUCUAAAGAAGGCAAAAUGAAUAAAAGUAUGGUAAAGGAUGAUUCUGAUACUUCUCAAAAGGCCGAUUCACAAAGCAUAGAAGCUAAAACUACAACGGAUUUAGAGGAUUCACAGGCAUCCCAAGACCUGCAGGACUCUGAAUCGCUCCAGGUUACGUGUAACGCUGAGGAGCAAAGUAAUGAAGAAUCACCGAUGGAGGUGGAGGUGGAGGUAGAGGUGGAGGUAGAGGGUGAGGCUGCUGUAGAGAAAACUGAGACUGAGGACCUAAAGAAGAUCGAAUCACCCAGUGUGUCGCCUCUCAAGGAGCAAACACAAGAGGACUCAAACGUUGAGAAUACCUCUUCACAGGAAGGUGACACUGGUGAUUUGCCAUCUGCUGACCUGCCUGAAUCAGUCGGGACCAGUUCUGAGCAGACUGAUGAAAAGUUGCCCUGUGACCCGUCUGUGUCAUCUGCCGAGGACGAACUAGCGCCUCCUGACGGGACAACAGAGAAACUGCAGGUCUCCGAGCCUUCAGAGGAGAAGGCUGAAGAAGUGUUUGAAGAAUCCGGGGACAAUGUUACAGGAAAACAACAAGACGACUCGGAUUCAACCCACCAAGAAGAUCCAGUUGUUCCAGUGGAGGACAGAGCUGAAGACGUUCACGAUGCGUCCUUUGGACAAACCCCCGUCGAGUGUCCAACUUCUUCAAAGGACGAGGAACCGUCUGCUUCGGACAAUGAAGACGACUCGACAACCCAGAAAGCGGAGGCCAACGCGGGAGACGACGUCAUCACGCCGCUGCAGGAGAGCGAUAAAGACGACAAAGCCCAAACUGCGGAGUGUAACGACGAAGAGGAAACUGCGGAGUGUAACGACGGAGAGGAAACUGCGGAGCGUAACGACGGAGAGGAAACUGCGGAGUGUAACGACGAAGAGGAAACUGCGGAGUGUAACGACGAAGAGGAAACUGCGGAGCGUAACGACGGAGAGGAAACUGCGGAGUGUAACGACGAAGAGGAAACUGCGGAGUGUAACGACGGAGAGGAAACUCAAACCGCCGACGCUGAGAACGACGUGGUUGUAAAUCUGGAUGCCGCUCUGGCCGACGUCGGCAAUGCUUCAGAGUUCACGGAAUCGACAAGCAAAGAUGUUUUCUCUGAUUCUCCGGCGAAGCAGAAGGACCUGGAGGCUUUAAUGGCGGCAGAUGUUGGUGAAAGCCCCAGCAGUGGAAGGACCAGAGGAACCUGGUCUCCCUCAGCCUCCCCAUCAACCAGUAUUCUAAAGAAGGGCCUGAAGAGACCGCUAGAGGAGGAGACCACCUCACCGCUUGUCAAAUCCAGACGUGUUUCUUUUGCCGAUCCAAUCCAGCAUCAGGAACUAGCAGACGACAUCGAUCGUCGCAGCCCGGCCGUCAGAACCAGCUCCCCCAGAAGAUCCAAGGUCAGCGGGAUCCCACAGCCCAAGUAUGUGACUACACCGACAAAGGGCCUGCUGAUCCUGAGUCCCAGAAAUCUGCACAGUCCAGGUUACAAGAGCUCCAAGAAAUGCCUGAUUUCUGAAAUGAGCCAAGAGCCGCGGCCCGUCUCCAGAGACUGUAUCUAUCCCGCCCUGGUUGGCUGCUCUACUCCUGUGGAAGCUGUGCUGCCUCAGAUAUCCUCCAACAUGUGGUCUCGUGGUUUCGGGCAGCUUGUUCGAGCGAGAAACAUCAAAACGGUCGGUGACCUCAGCGCUCUCACUCCCAGCGAAAUCAAGACUCUGCCAAUCCGCUCCCCGAAGAUCUCCAAUGUCAAAAAGGCACUUAGAAGUUAUGAACAACAGCGUAAAGGACGAGGUGUCGAUGAGUUGAAGAGUUUUGAUGAAACGGAGAUGAUGACCUCUGAACUGGAGGAGAACGCAGCUCCUCAAAACCAGGACGAGGAGGAUAAGACCUCAGGAGAGACACUAGCAACCGAGCUGUUGGACGAGCCCGUUCCUGCAGAUGAGAGGCCGGAGCAAGACGGCUCUGGGAAUCAGACCCCCGACACGCCGACCGGAGAACACGAACCUGUAGAACGGCUGCACCCCGAGGGACGGCUGCAGUCGGAGGUGGAGGUCCUGAGCGGCAGGAUGACUCCACUAGAACUCAGUUACUGCUCCUCACAGCAGCUCGUCCAGAUGCACGACCGGUUAGGAGGCCUGAUGAGGAGCGUGGUGGUCGAGCUGCAGACGCGCCUCUGCCAGACCGAAGGCCGACCCCGAAGAGCCCGUUCCCCUACCCAAGUGUUAAAAGACUAAAGAGACGAGAGGACUCUGCAUUAACGGAUGACCCUUUCUUUUAUCGUUAAAUCAACAAACUUUUUUACAAAGAAAGAUUUUAUGCUUUUAACUCAGAAUGCCUUGGCCUUUUUUUUUUUUUUUUUUGGCUUAAAGUGUUUUUUUUAAAUAAAUUCUAGCAGCACUUUUUCCAAUCUGUAGCCUGAGAUGUUGGAUAGUUUAUAUGAAUUUAAGAAACACUCAAAGGGAAGCACAGUUACACUUUUUUAAGCUGUGUCAAAAGGAUGAAAUGGUUUUUUUAAUAGUUGUAGUCCUGACAUGGAUGGUUUUAUUCCUUCUAUCCUGAAGACUGAUGUAUGACUACAAAUGUAUUUAGAAGAAAAAUAUCAUUUCUCACCAUUCUGUACCAAUUUUGUACAUAUGCCUUCUCUCCUGUCAUUUAAAUCCUCCAUGUGCCUGUUUUUAGGCUGUUUACAAUUUAACACAGUGCUCUUGUAUAUUUUUUAUUUUUAGUCAUUUUUCUGUCAUUUCAGUUUAACGUCUUCUUGCAUUUUUUUUAAGUCAUGACGCAUACUGUAGAUGGUGGUAGACAGUCUGCACUUCUGUCUUUAUCUGUUUUUAAAAUGCUUCAAUAAAAGACAACUUAGAUUUUUUUAUAAGUUCGAUUGCAUUUUUAAACUUGUUGAUUUGCAUAAAGAAACAUGUUGUUCAUAAAAUGACCCCAAUGCUGCCACUUUUCGGGGAGAAAAAAAUGAAAUGUGAUGAUGACCUGGGUGCAAUCUUUAACAUUUUAAUGGAUGUCCAUACACAAAUAUAUAAAUUCUUUAGAAUUUGCAUUUUAAAGACCAAAGUUGAUCAUCUUGCAGAGACGCUGUACAAAUGCUAUGAUAUAGAAUCAGACUAGGAGCUCAAUAGUUCAGAUGUUUUUAAGUAUUUUU